GGCCUCCCCCAUCUUCAUACUCUAUACCUAAUUAUUUUCUUCACCGGUUGCUCUAGCUAUAUAUCUCCUUCACUCUUGACAUUUCUCCCGGCACAGUCCGGCCGACGCCCCCCUUCUCUCUCUCUCUCUCUCUCACAUUAACUCUGAGCUCUUAACAUAAACACAAAGACCAUGAGGAUGAUAGACUUGGGAAGCCAAAGAGGCCAUGCCCUGCAUAUUAUGGACACUGCAACCUCCGUCGACUGUGGCAAAGAUGUGAGGCUCCGGCGAUCCUUUCGGUCCUUGGUGGAGUGCAUGGUUCCAUGUUGUGGCUUCCAACCGUCCGAUUCACUCUCCAGCGACACCGAAUCAACUCUCGGCUCCUCCUCUACCGUGACCGGUACCUUCUUCGGCUACAGGAAAGGUCGUGUCAGCUUCUGCCUACAAGACGACACCCGGAGCUCCCCACUUCUGCUGCUGGAGUUCGCCGUCCCCACGGCCUACCUCGCCAGAGAGAUGCAGCACGGCGUGCUAAGAAUCGCGCUCGAGUGCGACAGACAAAAGGAGACCCUCAGGUCCAGCUCCACGAUGAGCUCUAACUCCAGCUCAUGCUCGCUCUUCAACGUGCCCGUUUGGUCCAUGUACUGCAACGGCAGGAAGGUUGGGUUCGCCAUAAGGCGUCAGAUGACGGCGAGCGAUGCUGCGGUGCUGAAACAGAUGCAGACAGUCUCCGUUGGAGCGGGAGUCCUGCCUGCUGCGGCGGCCAACAAGUCCGAGGUGGAAGGGGAUGGAGGUGAUCAGCUCUUGUACCUUAGAGCCGGCUUUGAGCGAGUCAUUGGAUCGCAUGACUCAGAGUCGUUUCACAUGAUUAACCCAGUUGGGAGCUCCGGCCAGGAGCUCAGCAUAUUUCUUCUCAGGUCAUGACAUGCAGCAAAUUAAGAACACAACCAAGGCCGGCCGAAGCCACCCCAAAAUAAUACUUGACCAUAUUGAAGAAUGAAGACUGUGUAAUAUAGAUAUUUUUAUGUAGGAUUAAUGUAGAAUAUUGAUCUGUAGCAGUACUAUCUCAUCAUGUGCAUAUAUCCAAA